AUGAGGUUACAUCUUUACCCCCUGACCAACCUCAUCUGCAAUGGAGAAAUUUACAACUACAAACGUCUGCAGGAUCAAUACGAAUUCCCGUAUGAAACUAAAUGUGACGUGGAAGCCAUCACACAUCUUUAUCACAGUUUUGGUUUAGAAAAAGCCGUGAAAAGUCUGGACGGUGUGUUCGCAUUUUGUCUCGUUGACGGAAAAAAGAAGAAAGUUUGUGUAGCACGUGAUCCAUAUGGUGUCCGCCCACUUUUCGAAUACUGGGACGCGGAGAAAGGUAUUUUAGGAAUUUGUUCAGAAGGAAAGGGGUUGAUUAAACUUAAGCAAACCUUUAACGGUAGUUCCACAUUAAGACAGUUUCCGCCGGGUCAUUACGCUCAAUGGAGUAUAUUAGAGGACGGUACAGUUAAGUUAGAUUUCAUUGAGCGCUACACUUCACCGGGGACGCCUCCUAACUUUGAGCCGUACGUACCUCAGUCAGAUUUGGAGGGGAAAAGCAUUGAAGAGAAAACGGCGUAUCUCUUGGAAGCUGCGUGUGAAAAGCGAUUGAUGUCGGAUAGACGUAUCGGGUGUUUGCUUAGUGGUGGCUUGGAUUCUUCACUCAUCUCUUCGUUAGUUGUAAAAUUAGCAAAAAAACAUAACUUGCCAUACAAAAUACAAACAUUUGCUAUAGGUAUGGGAGAAUCUCCAGAUUUGAUAGCAGCACGAGCAGUGGCUGAUCACCUUGGUACUGAGCAUCAUGAGGUACGAUUUGACGAGAACGAUGUCAAGGAAGCUUUAGACAGCGUUGUCUAUCAUUUAGAAUCAUUUGACAUUACCACUAUACGUGCCAGUUUGCCUAUGUACUUACUAUCCAAAUACAUAAAAGAGAAAACUAAUACAACUGUAUUGUUCAGUGGAGAGGGAGCGGAUGAAAUAGCUCAGGGCUACAUUUAUUUUAGAGAUGCCCCUUCCGAGAAUGUUGCUCACGAAGAGAGUAUUAGGCUACUGUCGGACAUUUAUCUGUACGAUGGUCUUCGUGCAGAUCGCACAACAAGUGCGUUUAGCUUGGAGCUUCGUGUACCCUUUUUGGACAUUCAGUUCAGUAGUCAUUAUCUGAGUGUGGAGCCUAAACUCAGACAACCUCAAAACGGCAUAGAGAAACAUUUAUUAAGAAGUAGUUUCGCGAAGAGUGGGUUGUUACCAGAUACUAUAUUGUGGCGACAUAAAGAAGCUUUUAGUGACGGUGUAGCUUCAGUGAAGAAGUCAUUGUUUACUGUCAUUGGGGAAAUUAUUGCUGAGAGGUCCGUAGAUGAGAAUGUAGUGUACACUGGCUUACAACCAACGACAGCUGAGUCGAGAUAUUAUCGAUAUGUGUUUGAGAAGUCGUAUCCAGGACAACACGUUUUCACACCAUAUUUUUGGAUGCCAAAGUGGGUCCAAGGUGUUACCGAUCCUUCCGCUAGGUUCAUAAAACAUUACGAGGCCAAUUAA